UAAACAUCUCAUUAAUUUUCCGGUAUACAUAUUUUUUAAGUCAAUCCUAAGGGUUUUGUAAUUUCAAAAGUGAUUUAGUGUAUUUACUUAUAAACAAAGGUUACAUAGUGAUUUAACAAAUAAGUACAAGAUUUGAUUCACUUCAUUAAGAAUUGUUUCCCAAGCUUCAUAAAACAUUGUGACACCUAACCUCAAACUACGAUGUAUACAUGUAAAGUUUAAAACCUAGAAAACUCAUACCUUAUUCGGGCUUUGGUACACAACAACAACAUGGCAGAAGAAAUAAAGGACUCGAAAGGCACAGGCGACGCGGAUCUCCCCAUUGCCAUCCAGAGAAAUGUUACAAUCCGACAAUUAAAUAGAAAAGCUUUUCUCAUCUAUCCAACUCUGCAAAAGGGAAGAAAUAUUGACGGUGAAAUCAAAUACAUUCAAAGGAAAUUCUCUGCUAUAAAAAUUGAUUUGAAAUGCCAUAAAAUGGGGCUUUCCAAAUCUAAAAAGAGGCGUCUACGCAGAAAACGUCAAGAACGUGCCAGACUUAAUAAGGGUACACCCGAUAUGAAUAAAGUUGCAGCAAACCCUGUCCUUGUAGGAAAUGCAGAAAGCAAAAAUGAUGGCAUUAAGAAUGAGCUCGAUAUAAAGAUUAAUAUUUUAGCUCGAGAAACCAGGGAAGAAAAUAGAAAUGUAAGCAUAUUAUAUCGUAAUAAUUCAAAGCAAGGGUCAGACACAGUUGCAAAAAGUCCUCUAACAUUGGGAAAUGUUUAUUGUGUUAAGGACAACCUGGUAGUACUAAAAGAUAAUGCGUUAGAUAGUGAAAUCAAUGCAGAAACCAAUAAAUCAAACGAAAAUAAAGGUAUUUUAUCUAAUGAAUCGAAUCAUGAAAAAAAUAUUAGAUUAUCUUCGCGAAAGCGGAAGAAAGAUGAGCACUUCUCGAAAAGUACAAUCCUAUUUCCUACUCAGAAUUCUAAACCCACAAAAGAAAACGAAAUGUCUGCACAAAGUAAAACAGAAGCUUUGAAUUUUUCCAAAAUUAAUGAAUCAUCUGCAGAUAGAAACUUGAAUUACGAAUUAUCUACACUCAAGUUAGUUGAAAGCAAAUUUUUUACGAAAAAUGCCAACAUAUUUGCUUCUAUUAGCUCCAAAUCUACAAAUCAUAAUGAAUCUACAGAAAACCGAAAGGAAACUAAACACGCCUCGAAAAGUAAAAGUGAAACAUCCCCUAAAAAAUAUAAACCAGUUAAAUUAGCCACAAAAAACGAUAUAGAUCCCAAGUAUUUGUUUCAACCUAUCAAGGCUGCUAAAUUAUCUGCAGAUCACAAUAUGGAUACUAAGCUGGCGUCUCAAAGUAAAAGCCAAAUCGCUUCUAAUAACUCCAAAAGUACAAUAUAUAAUGGAUUAUAUGCACAAAGGCCGCAGCGAACUAAGCGCUUUACCAAACGUAGAAGAAAAAUAUCUCCUAAAAAUAGCGGAGUCCCUAUUGGGUUAGUUCUUGAUAAACUUAAAAGUCGUGAAUUUUCUAUUAUUCAUUCGAAGUAACAGGCAGUUUGAACUUACUACGAACAAAUGAUAUUGUUUUCAUGUUGAAUAUUCAAAAUUCAUUGCUAACAGAAGAUUGGAUUUUUAUAAAACGAAAAGAAAAAAUUCAAGAAAAACUGAUAUUUCAUUUGCCUUUGAUCGAGCUACCGUAACAUCGCUAGAAAAAAUUCAGUUUAAAACUUCAGUGCUCAGAUCAACAUUUACUUUCGAAGAAAAUAUAUUUAAGAAAAGAUUUCUGGACAUGAUUAAUGAACCAUUUAAUUGGUUGGGCGAAUGGAGCUGUUUCAGGACAUUUCUGCAUAAAAAAAGAUAAACAAAUUAUAAACAUAGCCUAAUAAACUAGUCAGCUACAACUACUAAAGUUCCCACGACAGUCGGGUCUACGUAACCGGCACGGAUCCGGAUUUUUAUCUGGCCAAGAACUGUCAACUCGGCAAAAUUUUGCCGCUACAACUAAAACGAAUUUAAUGCACCGAAACCAAAAAAUUGGAAAAUAAUCUACCUCAUGUUGCCGAUGUUCAAUCAGCUAAACCACUCACUUCAGUGCAUCUUCAGAGAAAGAGUAAACUCUGCAAAAGUUUAUUCGCAGAAAGGAAUAAGCUACUAACUCUAAAAAUUUAAAAAAAUUAAUGUUACAUUUGCAAUUAUAUAUUAUUA